CUUUCCAUGAUCAUGCACUGAAAGACCACAUCCCCUGAGCUGAUCCAGGACUCGGAACGGCACUGAGUUGUGUUGUUGUUGCUUGCAGCCAGCCCGGAUGCCUCCAGAGUCGUGAUUUUAUUCUGAUAAACGGAAUAUUCAAACCCAACCCGGACCAAGUUGUUGCUUCUGAGCGGCGGCGUGUGAUGAACCUGGAGCGCAGCGAACGAGGGGAGCGCCCGACUCCUCGAGGCCCGGACAUGGACUCUCGUACCGGAGGAAAGAUGGGGAAGAUAUCGGUGGGUUUCCAGAGGAGCUCCACCUCAGACGAUGACUCUGGAUGUGCACUGGAGGAGUAUGCAUGGGUGCCACCGGGACUUAGACCCGAACAGGUUCAGAUGUAUUUCUCCUGUCUGCCGGAGGAGAAGGUGCCGUACGUCAACAGCCCCGGAGAGAAGCACCGGAUCCGACAGCUCCUCUACCAGCUGCCACCACAUGACAACGAGGUGCGUUAUUGCCACUCUCUGACAGAGGAGGAGAAGCGGGAGAUCCACAUGUUCAGUGCCCAGAGGAAGAGGGAGGCACUGGGGAGAGGAACACCCAAGAUCCUGCCCCGAGCUCUGCACCACACCCGCUGUGAGAGUUGUAGUGGAGGCAUCAAUGGAGGAGAGAUGGCAAUAUUUGCCUCCAGAGCAGGGCCGGGCCCCUGCUGGCACCCAGCAUGCUUUGUGUGUGCAACGUGUCAAGAGCUGCUGGUGGAUCUGAUAUAUUUCUACCAAAAUGGCAAGAUCCUUUGCGGACGACAUCAUGCUGAGUUACUCAAACCACGAUGCUCUUCAUGUGACGAAAUCAUCUUUGCGGAUGAGUGCACUGAAGCAGAGGGUCGUCACUGGCACAUGAAGCACUUUGCAUGUUUCGAGUGCGAGACAAUGCUCGGGGGGCAGCGGUAUAUCAUGAAAGAUGGCCGACCCUACUGUACAUGUUGCUUUGAGUCACUGUAUGCAGAGUAUUGCGAGGCCUGUGGUGAAAACAUCGGUGUUGACCAUGCCCAGAUGACCUAUGAAGGUGUUCACUGGCAUGCCACAGACCAGUGCUUCUGUUGUGCCCAGUGCAAGGUGUCCCUGCUGGGCUGUCCCUUCCUGCCAAAGCAGGGUCGCAUUUAUUGCUCAAAGGCCUGCAGCCAGGGGGAAGAUAUUCAUGCUUCCGACUCUUCUGAUUCUGCCUUUCAGUCUGCCCGCUCACGUGAAUCACGGCGCAGUGUGCGCAUGGGGAAGAGCAGCAAGCCUGCCGAACAGUGGAGGCAGUCCCAGCUGUUUAACCCCCCUGCCACCAUCCCCACGUUUGAGUUUGGAGAUGGAGAGGGGGAUGGAGAUGCCGAUUGCGACAUUGGUAUCGUUGGGCGCAAGCUGGCCCGUCUUGGCCUGGAGGAGGAGAGGUUCUGGAGGGAGCGGGAAGAGCAGGAUGCUGGUGGAGAGGAGGAUCCAGAGGAGUGGGCCCAGCAUGAGGACUAUAUGACCCAGCUCCUUCUUAAGUUUGGUGACCGGGGGAUGUUAAACCAAUUUCAGCAGCCAUCUCUAAAAUCUCCCACCCCUAGCAGUGACAGGAACCGGCUAAUAAGUGUGUCUGAUCCCUGGCUAAAGCCUGAUACUACAUCUAUGGGGGUUACCGCCUCCUCUCCUACCCCUGCCAGUCCCACCCAGAGCCAGACUUCCAAUCAAUCCCGAGCCAACAGCCUUAGCCCUGGACUGAUGAGCAAGAAGCACCUGCCUGAAAUGUACUGGGCCCAGUCACAGGAUGGGUUGGGAGACUCAGCCUAUGGGAGUCAUCCAGGUCCUGCCAGUGCCAGAAAGAUUCAAGAGCUAGAGUUGGACCAGGAUCAGGACCAAUCUGGGUCAGGAAGACGGGCCUUCUGGCCAGACACCCGGCAGUGGUACGACGACUCCCUUGAGUGUAUUGCUGAUGAGCUGAGGAAAGCUGAUCAGGGCGCUGGAGACUCCAUGGACUCCCUGGCACUCUCAAACAUAACUGGUGCAUCAGUGGAUGGAGAUGGCAGGGAAAGACCUAUAGUCUACACUCUUGCCAUACAGGAUCCCUCAGAUGACUGUGAGAAGAUGAGCAACAUGGGAACUUUUAAUUCAUCUCAUCUUCACCACAGUGCCAAUUCUCUCAACCUUAACAUGGAGAAGGGAGAUGAGGAGGUAGAACUGGCAAUAAGGGGAGGGGCACCAGGCGGACGACUCUCAUUGUCCCCAAAUUCGGAAGGCAUCCCUCCGUCAUUUAUCCAUGCCCCAGCUCUGAGGAGGAGCAAGUCCCAGUCCAGGCCUCCUCAAAUGGUCAAGUUCUCAGAAGACACUGUGGACAAUGGAUAUAAUGAUGGGUUUGACCUCAAUAUUAGAAAGCACCCCAUGAGUGAGAAGCCGCAGCGGAGGGUGUACUGCCCAGAUGAGAUGGGUCAAGAAAGAAGCCGCCCAACGAGCCACCAUGGUCGCAGCAGGCAGCACCACCACCGGCAAGGCCGACACCACAAGAGCCGCAAAUCCCGCUCGGACAACAACCUCCACAUGGUGCCUUUGGAGAAAGCACAGAGGCCGUAUGAGCCCCAGCAGCAGGGUCUGGUGAACCCUGCUUGCAGCGCCAUGCUCCUGCAGCAUCCUGCACACAGGCUGCCCUUGGCCUACCCCCAAACCCGAUCUGACUAUUUCCUUCAGGGCUCAGCUCAAGGAGACCCAAGAGUUGAGCAUUUCAUGGGUCUCUACAGAGAUGAGGACGACUCUUGCUCUACUUGCUCUUCCUCGUCAUCGGACUCUGAAGAGGAGGGCUAUUUCUUGGGACAGCCAAUCCCUCAGCCUCGUGGGGCUGCGCGCUAUUACGCCGAGGACUACCCUACAAGGGUUACAGCCCUCUCUUCCCACAGCCACGGCUCACAGACUGGUCGCAGAAAGGGCCAUCGCUCCAAAAACUGUAUCAUCUCUUAACAGCUCAUAGUGCAUUUACAUUGCUACCCGCACCACACUAAGCAAUACAGUCAGAUUUUCUGAUCAUAUGGUGGUUUUUGUGAAUCAAAUCUGGGAUAAGAAAGGAAGUUUAAGGCAACCCAUGUGCACAGACUGCACAUUAUGCCCUGACAAAAGGUGCAUUACCAGAUCAAGAUGCAUAUCAUAUUUGAGGCCCAAAUCUACUGAAAGAGGAAAUCAAUCCAAACUGUUAAGAUAGAUCUGUGUAACAUAUAGUCAGAAAAUCUGUUUUUCUUUUGUGUAUGUGCAAAUUUGGCCCAUAUAUUUGGGUCUUAUAGAAUUUCUAGCACUAACAUGAUGCAUGGACUGGCACAUUUGGAAGCCAGGAUUAUGCAGAGGUGGCAAAGUGGCUACAUUAAAGUUUUUCUUUCAUUUCAGCAUUUGCAAUUAAGUUUCUUUUUUAUGUUUAAUGUUCAGUUACAUUUUUUGCAGCAAUAUCUUUGUGUGCACUAAAAUAGCAACACAUUGUACACAGAGGUUGAUAAAAGUAGAAAAUAGAAACAAACCAAAUAAUUAUUUAAGACAUCAUAGUAAAAAAUGAUAAUGUAUAUAUUAAGUUAAGAUUUUAAUACUGGUAUUUUUAUAUCCGUGGUUUAAAGAAUUGUUUCUUUUGAAGUGUAUGAUAGAAGAAAUAGCAGUUGUAAAGGUAAACAAACAGACCUCGUUAAUAUUUUCUGAGAAACAACAAAGAAGGUGCCACUUCAUAAACUGUGUUCUUCACAGUAAAGUGCCAUGUUACUCAGUAACAAUGUCUAUUAUAACAUAUAUUCCAUAAUUCACUAUUGGUGUAAAAAAUACGAAAAGAAUGGCGGUAACAUCUACAUUUUCCAUAUUCAGCUGAACUGUUCACUACCCUUGCUCUGACAUAACCAGCUUAAUGCUUUGUGAUGUAAAGACGCUUGUAAUAAAAUGUUU